AUGGGUCGUGGGAAGAUUGAGAUCAAGAGGAUAGAGAACCCCACCAACAGGCAGGUCACCUACUCCAAGCGACGAAAUGGAAUUUUCAAGAAAGCCCAGGAGCUCACCGUUCUUUGUGAUGCUAAGGUUUCACUCAUCAUGUUCUCCAAUACUGGAAAAUUCCACGAAUAUACCAGUCCUACUAUAACGACGAAAAAGGUCUACGAUCAGUAUCAGAAGACUUUAGGGAUUGAUCUUUGGAGCUCUCACUACGAGCGAAUGCAAGAAAACUUGCGAAAACUGAAAGAGAUCAACAACAAAUUAAGGAGAGAGAUCAGGCAAAGAAUGGGUGAAGAUUUGGGCGAUCUGAGCAUUGAGGACCUGCGCGGCCUUGAGCAGAAGAUGGACGCUUCUUUAGGAUUAGUACGCGAACGGAAGUACCACGUGAUCAAAACUCAGACCGAGACCUACAGGAAAAAGGUCAGGAACUUGGAAGAACAACACGGAAAUCUCCUUCUCAACUUUGAGGCAAAAUGCGAUGAUCCACAUUACGGAUUAGUGGAAAAUGAUGGAGAUUAUGAAUCAGCGGUGGCAUUCGCAAACGGGGCUUCCAACCUCUAUGCCUUUCGCCUGCAUCAGGCCCACCCUAAUCUUCACCAUGAUGGGGGAUAUGGAUCACAUGAUCUGCGCCUUGCUUGAUCAGUAGCAAUGGACCAUGGUACAUUUCCUCUUUGGACAUCUAAUUAUCAAACUCUUCAAUUAGAAUGAUAUCUAAUUAAGCAAACUAUAAUCUAAGACUUGGGUGUCUGUAUUCUGUUUUUAUGAACUUACAAGUAUCAUCAUAAUGACACUGGACAGCUUUGGUGCCUUCUGUGUUAUGGUAAUUUGUGCUUAAUUAAUCAAUGCUAUAAAACGCCCUCUAUUGUCUGGUUCU